AUGGACCAGGUCGCCUGUCUCCCCGCCGAACACCGGUCGGGCCUCACACCGCAAUCCCGCCCAAUUCACCACUAUUCAGCCUCCAUGUCCAAACCGACCGUCCUCCUGGAUCAGGAGCCCGUUCAAUUGCCCACGCCGAAUCAAUCCGGUCCCAUCGUGAUGCCAGACGACGAGAGUGGUUCGCCGCAGGACUUCUCCGGUCGGGGGAAACGCCUGACCUUGGCCGAGCAGAAGUCGCUCUUCCGCCUCUGCGAAACGUACAUGAACCGCUACGAUGCCUCCGAAUACCCCAAGCGAUUCUGGAUCAAGAUCUCCGACCUGCUGCUGAAAUCCACCGGUCGCAAGUACUCGUGGCAGUCGUGCCGCCGGCGGAUCCAGCAAUACGUCGAGAAGCGAAAGGCCUUCUGGGCCGCGUUUGACGCCGACAAGACACUACCGGACCUGGGGGAUAUGGAUGAAGACCUGGCGUCGGAUAUCGACGACUGGAUGACCCGCUGCGAGAAGCGACUCGAGAAGGAAGAGAAGGAGCGCCGCGACAAGGCCUACCAGGCCGAGAUUGAACAGGCCGAGCUGGCCCGCUCCCUCAAAUUGCAACGCACCUUCGACUGGGCCAACGGGCUGCCCCCGCCGGAGGAGAUGGAACUGCAGCCGGAUCACUGGGGUCUUCCGCCGCACCGCUUCGUCGUCUGCGACGGUCAACUGUUGCAGGGCAUCCCUCUCGCCCACUACCUGUGCAAGAAGUCCCGCGAGAACCACCGCCUGGCCCUCGUGGCUGCCAAACUCCAGUCCGACCCGGACGCGCCUCCAGUGCAGGACCAGAAGCCCGAGCCCGCAGGCGAACCCGGCAACCACCCCAUCCCUAACGAUCGAAAGCGGCCCCGCGAAGAUGACCCGGCAGACCUGGAGCGUCCGGCGCAGCGUCCGUGCCUGGCCCCCGAGCAGCUGCCCCAGCCUAUCCCCGGCGAUCCGUCGGCCGAGAAGAAGAAAUCCGCCGGCGCCACCAUGGCACAGAAGAACGUGGACCGGCUGGUCAACAACCUCUGGCUGCAGUUCGCCAAGGGCAUCGCUCCCUACUACGAGGAACAUCGGAACCAACCCCAGACAAACCGGCAGUUCGGUCUGGUGCUGUACGAUCUCUAUCGCGACCUGGGCCAUGCGUUCAACACGGCCGUCAACCGCCUCUCCAAACUCGACUAUUACUCUGAGGAGGACGAGUCCAUCUCCGAGGAUGUGCAGUGA